UGACCAUGACUGACUCCACAGUGACCAUGGACUGCUCACCAGCGGCCAAGGCGACGCUCCACGACCGCGCCGUUGGGACGCUCGUUGGCAGCGCCCUCGGCGACGCCGUGGGCCUGUACACCGAGUUCCUGCCCAAGGCGCGCAUCGGCGACCUGUACCCGACCGGCUUUUUCUCCCUCCUGCCCAACCCGACGCCGUUCGCGCGCGACAUGCACCGGCUCAAGCACGUCCCGGGCGAGUGGACCGACGACACGGACCACGCGCUGCUGAUCGUGCUGUCGUAUCUGCACAACUCGGCGCUCGACCCGCGCGACGUCGUGAGCAGGCUGCAUACCUGGGUCCUUAUGGGCCUGCGCGCGCUCGACACGCCGCCGCUCGGGCUCGGCGCAACGGUCGGCGCGAUUGUGCGCAGUGCGGCAUACCUCGAUGAUCCGGUCAAGGCGGCCCAUGCGCACUGGGUCAAGAGCGGACACAAGGCCGCCGCGAACGGCAGCCUGAUGCGCACGCACCCCCUCGGCGUGUUAUCCGUGCACUGCACGCAGGAGGAGACGUUUGAGGUCGCGGCGCGCUUCAGUGCCAUCACACACGUCGAUCCGCGCUGCGUCGUCGCCUGCAUGGUGGCCACGGCGCUCGUGCGCGCCCUGAUUAGGGGCGAUGUGAGCGACGAGGCGGCUGUCGACGCGCUGGUCGACGCCGCGAUUGCAGACUACGCCAAGCGCAUCGUCCUCCUCCUCCGCGCCGAGGGACCAUUCACCGCCGACGACCCCGGACUGGACGUCGAAGAGUUCAAACGCUUCGCAAACGCCACGACCCUCGCAGAGCUCGAGCUCGACCAGCACGGGAUAGGUUACGUCCUGAAAGCGCUCGGCGCGGGCCUCUGCCUCCUCCGCCAGGCGCUGCACCUGACCUCCUCCUCUCCGACGCCGCUGAAGGCCCGCGCCUGCCUCUUCGAGCCCCUCAUCACCCAGCUGGUCCUGGAAGGCGGCGACGCGGACACAAACGCGUGCUUUGCGGGUGCGCUCCUCGGCGCCUAUGCUGGCUACACUGCCCUGCCAAGCUGGCGCGACGGACUGCUCCGCGGUGACUGGCUCCUGCGAAAGGCAGAGGCCAUCGCCAUCGUGCUCGACCUCAGCGAGGGCAGUUAUGACAGCAAGGCGGACACGGACACACACCUCGACGGAGGGCGCGGGUUUUUGACCCAAGACGAGGUCGACCGCAAGUUUAUGGAGCUGCAGGCUCGCAUGGCGGCUGAGAAUACCGCAUGGCGGGCUGCGCAGGCGCCCAAGAGGCGCAAGGGGUGGUUCUGAGGAAUGUGGCGGGUGAUAUCAUG